CACAUGUCCCGUGGGGUGUGUCCUCUUCUGACUUCAACAUUUAAAAAACAGUCGAGAGAAAAGCAGAAAACAUUUCAGUAUCUGAAAGUACGGAAGAAAUGCAGCAGCCAGGGUCUGGUCAUCCAAAGAGUGGCAUAACCAAGAAGAGAGAAGACUAUCUGGAAUGCCCAGAAUACUUUAUGGCUGCCGCCUGUCUGACAGCCCAAAGGAGCAAAGACCCAAGCACACAAGUCGGGGCCUGUAUAGUGAACCAGGAGAAUAAGAUAGUUGGCAUUGGUCACAAUGGUAUGCCCAACGGCUGUGAUGAUGACCUUCUACCGUGGUCCCGGUCUGCUGGUGACCGAUUUGAAACUAAAUACCCAUAUGUGUGCCACGCAGAGCUGAACGCCAUUAUGAACAAGAACAGUGCUGAUGUGAAAGGCUGCACCAUGUAUGUGACUUUGUUCCCCUGCAACGAGUGCACCAAGCUCAUCAUCCAGGCAGGUUUGAAGGAAGUGGUUUAUCUUUCUGACAAGUACCAUGACACACCGGAGAUGACUGCUUCCAGAAAGCUGCUCAGCAUGGCAGGUGUACCGUUCAGGCAGUUCAAGCCCAAGAAGACAGAGAUUGUCAUUGAUUUUAAUUCCAUUAACCACCCUGGAAUGCUGAACACCACAACCAAGAGAAAACGCAAAAGAGGCGGGGAGGAAGAGGAAGACUGAUGAGAUUGAAAUGGGCUUUUAAAUGGGCUUUUAAAUCUGCUAUUGUACUUACAAGUAACAUUUUUUUUUACAACACUUUGUCAUUUAACAAAGAGAAAGCAAUUUUUCUUUUUGGAGAAUUUAACAUACUUCAUCUCCUGUGGCGUUUUAACAGCACAUCUAUGACUAAGACCUGUGGUACUAGCUUGUAUUCCAAGCUAACAAAGUAAUUGUUUUUAUUAAAUGACAAAAUGAUGCUAGAUUAGAAUGAUCAGUAUAGCUGCGUUGUGAAUGGCCCAGUUAUUCCAGUGUGAGCUACUUUUCUGUGAUUGGAAUGUGCUAUUGUAAAAUGUCUUUCUAUUCUCAGUGAUAGUAACACAACAGUUGGCUACACUGAUUGAUUGUAAUGCAUUCAGGAAUGCCUGAAUGCUGUGGGUGAUGGGUCAUAAUGUUUAUGUUUAAUGCAAAGCGGCGAUUCUCUAAUUUUCCCUGAAAACACUGCUUUUAUUUCAGAUUUCUCUCAUGGUGCUUUUACAAUCACAUUCAUUUAUUGUAUCUGUGGAUGAUUAGAAUAUCUUCAAAGACCACCUUCAAUUACAUUGAAAACUUUUUUUUUUUUUUUUUUGCUGUCAUACUGUCUAACAUGCUGUUAUGACAACCAUAUGAAACCUCAUCAUUUGUUCAUAACA